GCCACUAAGCGAAAACGUCAACACAAUUGCCUGUGUCGAGUGGUAGUGUGGUCGCGCCGAGUGUAUUUUUGUGAAGUUUUCCAUGCGUUGCGAUUGAAAAAAAGAAGAAGAAAAGAAACAGUAUCACGUUGAGCAUAAAUUACCGCGACGCUGAAUUUUUCCUUUUUUUUCCGUCGUUGAAAAAUAAGAAAUUGUUUGCAAAAAAAAAGAAAAAGAAGAAGAAGAAGAAGAGGCCAAAAGAAUCACUUACAUCGUUGUAUAAAACAAAUAGACUGUCCGUAUAUGCGCUUUGAAUACGUUGCUUCAAAUCGCGAUUCUUAAUCGUGGACGUUAAAUCAAUUUUGCCCGUUGCCAAUCGCUUCAAAAUCAAACUGGGUAUGGAAAAAUUGACGGCCGAACGGAUGUGACCUUCCUGGAAUUCAUUGGAACUGCGGCAAUCUAGAACAAUCAGCGAUUUGGUCGGCGAUCUCAGCUCCGACUGUAGCCAUUCCUUUGACACCGCAUCGAUAUUGUGCUCGGGCAUUUUUGAAACUCGGCCGUUUUUUUUUUCUUCUGUUCGUUCACUUCUCGCGUCGUUUCUCGACAAGGGUAUUUUUCUUGUUUAAAAAAAAAAACAAGUUGUUGUUCGACUUGAAGCAGAAAAUUAAAGCAGAGAAGAAUCCUUGUCUACGUUGGAGGAUCCUCAAACGCGUUUCGUCUAUUUAUUUGAAAAUCGAACCAAUUCAAUUAGGUUGUCUCUUUCAGAGGCUGAAACAACGAGAUACAGUGACCGAGAGAGAGAGAGAGAGAGAGAGAGAGAGAGAGAGAGAGAGACUCAGGGAACGACAUAUAGAAGCAAGCAAAAAAACCGUAGAGCCGUAGACAGUGAACAAAAGAGAGAAAGAGAAGAGACGCGAAACAAUGUCAGCCGAACGCAUUAAAAGUGGCAAGAACAAUAAUCUACGUCCAUUUGAAAAAGUUCCCAUUUUUGUGGUUGAGGACCAUAAUGAUGUGCUUCAAUUCGUGUAUAGGUGUCUGGGCGCCAGACGUAUCCCAUUCACCUCCAACAAAAUUAUCCAUUUCGACUCACAUCCCGACAUGACCAUACCAAAAUCGAUGCCCGCCGAAUUUGUGCGCGACAAAGAGAAAUUGCUGGAUACGCUGUCGAUUGAAAAUUGGCUAAUGCCCACCGCUUAUGCCGGUCACAUUGAGCAAUUGAUUUGGAUGAAACCGCAUUGGGCCACACAAAUUGCCGAUGGUGACUAUGAAUUUUCGAUUGGUGACCACGCCGGAUACAUUCGAUGUGAUUCACCGCUUGAGUAUUUCCUCGGCGAGGGCACCUAUCAGCCGAAAUGUAAUUUAAAUAAUCAACGCCUAAUCAAUCUGAGGGUAUUCACAUUGGAUGACCCGUUGAUAACCGGUCAACAGCAGCAGCCGUCUCAAUCACGACAAGUUGAAUUUCAAAAUUGCGUCGAUGAGGCCAACGACGGCUUUAUACUGGAUAUUGAUUUGGAUUUUUUUAGCACCGCCAAUCCAUUUAAAAAAAUGCUCGAAGAAGGCGUUUACACCGAUCUCAAACGGUUGUUCAAGGCUGAUUUCUUUGAAUCGGUCUUUGACUCAAAGGCCACCGAAGAUGAUUUGGUUGCAUUUACAAAACGACGCUCCGGAUUUCUAGAUGCUUUGGAGAACGUUUUUCAACAGCUUGACCGUAAUAUUGCCGCUGAAAAUCUUGCCAUUGCCGACAAUUUGGAAAAGUGCAAAGUUCAAAUAUUCGAUUUGAUACGCGACGUGAAAAAACAACACCCAAACAAUGAAAUCGCAUGGCAAACAAUAUUUGACGCUGGCUGCACCUUCGACUCAAACGAACUACCUCAUCAUAUUUCCAGUGAACAAGAAAUUGAGCGUCUCAUUGCGAUUUUUAAGCAAUUCUUAGAAUCAUUUCGGAACACACCGUCAAUAAUUACGAUUUCAAGGUCAUCAGAGGAUGAUUAUUGCCCAGCCGAACAAGUUGAAUUCAUACAACAGCUCGUCUUAGGUACCAUUUAUAGAGUGUACGGCGAUCGAGUCAAUCAAAAACCGAUACUUUUUUACAGGGAUGAAAAUUGGAGUGUAUAGGCAUCUUAAGUUAAAUCCUUGUUAUAUCCAUUUAAAUUCCGAAACAUUUGAUACAAUUCAAAAUAAAGCUCUUGAAGAAAAAUACAA